GGGUCUCGCUCUGUCGCCCAGGCUGGAGUGCAGUGGCGCCAUCUCCGCUUACUGCAAGCUCCACCUUCCAGGUUGACGCCAUUCUCCUGCCUCAGCCUCCCGAGUAGCUGGGACUACAGGCGCCCGCCACCAUGCCCAGCUAAUUUUUUUUUUUGUAUUUUUAGUAGAGACGGGGUUUCACUGUGUUAGCUAGGAUGGUGUGGAUCUCCUGACCUCGUGAUCCGCCCGCCUCGCCCUCCCAAAGUGCUGGGAUUACAGGCGUGAACCACCGCGCCCGGCCUAAAGUGAUUUUUUUUGAAAGUAUAAGUUUCCUCAUCAUCUGAAUGAAAAAAAAUUCACUGUAGGAGGGCCAAGAGAUCACCAGAUUAAGAACAGUGUUGAAACAAUGGAUCUUGUUCUAACUACACAAGUCUAAGAUGGUACCGCCUGGAGUCAACUUUGAUUUUCCACAGCACAAAUAAAAGGUCAUGGCUUCAUAUCUCAGCAAUGGUCAGGAGUUUUCGUUUUUCCAGAUUACAUUGUGUAGGGUAGUCGGAUUUAGGAAAACAAGACACAGUAUCUGGAGAAUAAAAACAGAAUUAUAACUCCGCAAGAACAAAAUUAUCUGCCUUGAAUUUUUGUAGCACUUAAUGUUUUUUCAAGGUGUUUUCACAAUAAACGUUGAUUUUAUCUAUGUAACAGCCCUGUGAAGAAGGCAAUUACUAUCAAAAUCGUUUUCAAAAUUUUAAAUACUGAAUCCAUGAAUAGGAAAAAGGACAGCGAAGUUGAUAGUAUUAGAGAAAUGACAGAAAAGGUUGUGAGUGAGGAAGCGAAUCAUGGAAAUGGCAAACAUAAAAAGCUGAGGCCCACGGCACCGCAAACCAGAAGAGAAAGGGGGCUAACCUGGCAGGGGAGAACGGCGUUAGUGGGGAAGUGCAAAGAGGCAGGAGCGCAGGAAAGCUGGGGUUAGGAAACUGCAAUUCACUGCAACAAAGAGGAUGAGGUCAAAUUUGAGAAAAAUGAAGUCAGGUGGCAUUGAAAGCUGCGUGGAAGUUUGUUUUAUUCCUGCCCUGUUGAGGUGUGAUCUUUCACAGAAGAGGGUCCCAAGAGUGGAGGCUGUGCCCUCCUUAGGCCUCCCGUCAGCAGCAGAGGGAGAAAAGCCUCGAGAAGUUCCCCAAGCCGAUGACCUCCAUGGGGACAGAGCCGAGAUGAGUCCCGGAGGGAGCCGGCGGGAAGCCAGCCGAGCAGGGUGGUGUGUUCCCGCCGGGCUAACAAAGGCCGCCGGGAAGUGGGGGCUUCUCCAGCCGCUCCAGCGGCGGGCGGGCGGCGGAAGGGUUAACUGCGCCACCAACUCCCCCGCGCAUCCCAGCCCCUACCCCCGCCGUCGCUAGGAGACGCCGGAAGUGGGGGAGGGGCCGGCGGCGCGGGCGAGGGUGGGAAUCUUUUUCGGGCUCCCGGGGGCGGAGGGAGGGGAGCGCGCGUGCGCGCGCCCGGCCGUCCGUCGCCGCGGUGACCGUCCUCGCAGUCCGUCGCCUCGCGCCCCGCCCCCGUCGCCCCCUCCCCUGUCGCGCGCUGGGGCUGUUUCUCGCUCCUCCCGAGUUACCGCCGCCGUCGCCGCCGCUCCUCCUCUCCCAGUCCUGGGUUUCCCUGGCGCUGCGGCCGCCGCUCCCUCUGCGACCUGUAUGAGGAGGAGGAGGAGGAGGAUGUGAAGAUGGCGGAGCUGCAGAUGCUGCUGGAAGAGGAAAUCCCGGGGGGCCGCCGGGCCCUCUUCGACAGCUACACAAAUCUGGAACGGGUGGCCGAUUACUGCGAGAACAACUACAUACAGAGAUGGGGUCUUGGUAUGUCAUGCAGGCUGGAAUGCAGUGGUGUGGUCAUAGCUCACUGCAGCCUUGAACUCCUGUACUCAAGUGAUCAUCCUGCCUCAGUCUCUCAGUUGUCUGGGACUACAGCAGAUAAGCAGAGAGCCCUAGAAGAAACCAAAGCCUAUACCACCCAAUCCUUAGCAAGUGUUGCCUAUCUGAUAAACACCUUGGCCAACAAUGUCCUGCAGAUGCUGGAUAUCCAGGCAUCCCAGCUACGAAGGAUGGAAUCUUCAAUCAAUCAUAUUUCACAAACAGUUGAUAUUCAUAAAGAGAAAGUUGCAAGAAGAGAAAUUGGUAUUUUGACUACCAAUAAAAACACUUCAAGGACACAUAAGAUUAUUGCUCCAGCCAAUCUUGAACGACCAGUUCGUUAUAUUAGAAAACCUAUUGACUAUACAAUUCUAGAUGAUAUUGGACAUGGAGUAAAGUGGUUGCUUAGAUUUAAGGUGAGUACCCAGAACAUGAAGAUGGGUGGGCUGCCGCGUACAACACCUCCAACUCAGAAGCCCCCUAGUCCCCCUAUGUCAGGGAAAGGGACACUUGGGCGGCACUCCCCCUAUCGCACACUGGAGCCAGUGCGUCCUCCAGUGGUACCAAAUGAUUACGUACCUAGCCCAACCCGUAAUAUGGCUCCCUCGCAGCAGAGCCCUGUGAGGACAGCUUCUGUGAAUCAAAGAAAUCGAACUUACAGCAGCAGUGGGAGUAGUGGAGGGAGCCACCCAAGUAGUCGGAGCAGCAGUCGAGAGAACAGUGGAAGUGGCAGUGUGGGGGUUCCUAUUGCUGUUCCUACUCCAUCUCCUCCCAGUGUCUUUCCAGCCCCUGCUGGCUCUGCUGGCACUCCUCCCCUUCCUGCUACUUCUGCAUCUGCCCCUGCCCCUCUUGUUCCUGCCACUGUCCCUUCCUCCACUGCCCCAGACGCUGCUGCUGGGGGUGCCCAGACCCUUGCUGAUGGCUUCACUUCUCCAACUCCCCCUGUUGUUUCUUCCACUCCCCCUACAGGUCAUCCUGUACAGUUCUACAGCAUGAAUAGGCCUGCCUCUCGCCAUACUCCCCCAACAAUAGGGGGCUCGUUGCCCUAUAGACGCCCUCCUUCCAUUACUUCACAAACAAGCCUUCAGAAUCAGAUGAAUGGAGGACCUUUUUAUAGCCAGAAUCCAGUAUCUCUUGCUCCUCCUCCUCCCUCCAUCCUACAGGUAACUCCUCAGUUACCUUUAAUGGGAUUUGUGGCCAGAGUCCAAGAAAAUAUUUCAGAUACACCACCUCCACCGCCACCUGUGGAAGAACCAGUCUUUGAUGAGUCUCCCCCACCUCCUCCACCCCCAGAAGAUUACGAAGAGGAGGAAGCUGCUGUGGUUGAGUAUAGUGAUCCUUAUGCUGAAGAGGACCCACCGUGGGCUCCACGUUCUUACUUGGAAAAGGUUGUGGCAAUUUAUGACUAUACAAAAGACAAGGAAGAUGAGCUGUCCUUUCAGGAAGGAGCCAUUAUUUAUGUCAUCAAGAAGAAUGACGAUGGUUGGUAUGAGGGAGUUAUGAAUGGAGUGACUGGUCUCUUUCCUGGGAAUUAUGUUGAGUCUAUCAUGCAUUAUUCUGAGUAAAGCUCAGCAGGGCUGUGCUUGCUUCACAGGAAUAGUCAGGUCUUCCCAGAUUAUCUGAAGGCCCUGGGGAUUCCACUCCAGUAAAGUAGAAUGAAGGAUACAAAUGAUAAAAAUUACACUUUUUUUUUGGUUUAUUCCCCAGUAUUAAAAACAAAGCAAGCUGAGUCUGAACAAAUGGAUCUUUCUGCCAUCAUUUGUACAAUGCUGAGCUGUCUGGAUUGAAAUAAAAUGACCAUUUUUAUAUAUGUCAAAGGUAUAACAGCGUAACUGUGUAGCCAAAACAAAAUCAGAUUAAGACUGAUUCAGAAAAAUCUGGGAUCUUUCUCAGGAAUACUGUAUACCCUUGGGAUUUCUCCUCCUGCAGAAUCUGUGGCAUUGGAUGUUCUUCAUUGCCUGUGCUAAGGGGUUAACCUCAUGGCCCAGUGGGUACCCUAGCCCCUCCUUUUCUUCCACUUGCAUGAAGAGGAGGGAACCAACAUUUAAAUACCACACUUAACCAUUUUUACAAUUAUUUCAGAUGGCUUUUUUCCUCUGUAACACUGUAAAUUCUGCAUUCUCUCAGCACUUGAGUGCACCAAACGAGUGAAUGCUGAACUCACUUGCAUCCCUUCAUGUUUCUGUUGUGGAUUAUAAGGAUGAUGAAAUGUGAAAGUCUCCCAACACUCUGAGGGUGGUGAACGAUUGCCACCUGUUUGAUUUUAAUGUGCUGCUGCGUGAGACUGCAUUGUUGCUAAUGGCCAGUGUACCCAGAUGUGAAGUGUGGUAGGCUGGUUCAUGUGUGGAGGUGGGUGUGUGAAGUUAGACAUGAAGGUCCCUAAGGUUCUGAAGAGACUUGAACUGUGGAAAUGCUCUUAGCAGGCAUCCCGAACCCCUGCCUUCGGUGCUGUUUUGAGGAGUAGGAUCUUGGAGUUCAGACAACUAUGACUAUCAUUUCUUUCACUAUCUAGAAAAACGCUAUUCUACUUUGGAGGAGAAUAGUAGUUAUUUUCAAGUCUCUUGACAGUCACUGGGAGUAAAAGGUUUGUUAAUGUGCUCUCUGGACAUUAUUAAUGGCCAGUAUUAGUUGCUGCUGUAUCAUUGAGUCGCUUAGCUGUAGAAAGGGUAAUACUCUCCUGAUUUUGUAUGAUUGGACUCUUAAGUAGCUGCUGUUAGUCAGAAUUAAAACCCACCUCAGACUAAGAAUAUAAUGAAUAAGAUCAAUAGGCCAAAAUAUGUAUCUAAUCACAUUGAUAAAAAUUAAUAUCUUUGACACAAUAAAACACAUUUCCCCCAUCUGUACAAUAAAUACAGCUUCAAAUUCAGUGGAGUCUGUAGGGCAGAUGACUUUAAUCAUCACUACUGUAGUCAGUAUAAGAAAUAUUGAAAAAAAAUCCAGGAGGGCUUCUCUCUUUGUGGGUGGUCACUGUGAUGGUGGGCCAGCUCCUGUUCAGGUCCAGAGCUGCUAACGUGGGUUCUACUCAGUCCCAGUGACUUGGCCAGAAUAGAGCUUUGCCAGGUAACUGCCCUGUGCUAGGUGAAAGGGGAAAAGCAGUAGCUGGAUAUAUUUCAAAUGAGGUCUUGAACAAGUUCAGAAAGUGCAACUUGAUUGAAAAGUGAACAAGUGUAAGUAGUGUGUGAGAAAAUUCAGAUGGUGUCGGAUGCAGAAGUUAAUAUUCCACUUAUAAAUGUUAUCUGAGCAUAAAAAAUCAUCAGCAUUUAACUGAGACCCCGCUAUAGAGUCUCCUUAUCAAGACCCUUUGGUUUUAAAGUUGUUUUUUAAUGCAUUGCAAGUUACAAUAGCUAUUUUGCUUUUAAAUUUUUCCCAGCACUUUGUAUUUAUUAGCUUUCAUUAACUUGCCUCCAGUAUACACUCCACUUUGUGCUUUUCUUAGGUCAUUUCUACAUCCCUUAUUCCUUGUUUUCCUGCAGUGUAAUGGCCCUGAAUGUCCUCUGAGCCUUUAGCUUCAUUAUGGACCCAUACUAGACUAUACCUGGAUAAGUUAAGCUCUUCUUAGUGUACUGGUCUGUAAUUAGAAAAACUGUUUUGAAAUUAGAUGUUCUCAUUAUUUAUUUAAACAGCUUUUUGCUGAGAAAGCUUAGUGGAUUAAUGAGGCAGAGGGUGUUUUGAAAUCCAAUAAAUAGUUCCCACAGGCUGGGUGUGGUGGCUCACGCCUGUAAUCCCAGCACUUUGGGAGGCCAAGGUGGGUGGAUCAUGAGGUCAAUAAAUCGAGACCAUCCUGGCCAACAUGGUGAAACCCCAUCUCUACAAAAAUAUAAAAAUUAGCUGGGCGUGGUGGCACGCACCUGUAGUCCCAGGUACUCGGGAGGCUGAGGCAGGAGAAUCGCUUGAACCUGGGAGAUGGAGGUCGCAGUGAGCCGAGAUUGUGCCACUGCACUCCAGCCUGGUGACAGAGCGAGACUCCAUCAAAAAAAAAAAAAAAAAGUUCCCACAGCUCACCACUACAGAAGCAGAGAAGACAAGUAUGCAGAAAACAGAGUUGGUGGCGGUCAGCAGGAAUGCAGCUGGUCUGUUGGACCCCUACUGGAUGGGGGGAGUACAGAAGACACUGGUGAAGUCCUUUAUACUGAAGACCUGCGGUUGGGAGCAGGGGGAGUCCAUGGGUCUGCUGAUUUUUUUUCCCUAUUUAGUACUAAUGUGUAUGUGAUCUUUGUUUUACAAACAAUACCUUUUGGGUUUUCUGCAUAUUUUAAAAUUUUUGUACAGUUCUGAAUUCUAUAGAUUGUCUUGGAAGGAUACUGUGUGCUGGGCCAGGCGCACAGUAAUUGGAGACUUUUAAUGUAUGUAAUAUUUCAUAGAUUGCAUGCUAUUAAUCGUCUGUGAGGGUAGUAUUUUUUGUUUUAUUGUAAGUUUCCCUCAUUUUUUUAUAAAUUAAAAGAUGGUAUUAGGAAUUUCAAAUGAAUGCAGAAAAUCUUACAUGCUGUGUACUAUUAAUAUUAUAACAAAGACGAUCCAAGUCCAAAAUCUGACCAAUAAAGCAACCAUUUUAUCAAGAUAGAGGGAUUCUAAUGGGAGAGGGGAUUCUUCCCUCCUGAAGUUUGUGUGUCCAAUCCCCUUAAAAAAAAAAUGAAUAGUUGUCUUUUCUUGUCAUAGUAAUACUCGAAAGUCCAUGGUGAUAUUAAUGAAAGUACACUUUAUUGUUGCCUUUGACCUUAUGGCCAAGGCAAUAAAUCAGAAACAAAAAUAGUGCCAAUGUGUCAAAAUCUACAUCUGAGAGAUUCAGCCUCCCAUUUGGAAUAAAUAUGAAUCUUCUAAGCUAUCUUGUUUAAUAUUUUCCAUCAUUUAGCUACUUCGUAUCUCCCUCGGAGGCGCCUGCUGUUCCCAUUUUAGAGUUGACAGUGGCCUGCUAAUUUUGUUAUGUUCCUAAAAGUUACUGGGUGUGAGACAUUUUCAUCCCCUUUUUCCUACUGCUGGUGUUUAUUAUCCAGCUAGAGAAUAUUUUAUACAUCUUUACUGUGAUGUCUGGACUGUACCUGCGCUCCUUGGCAGUUUAUGUUGAAGAUAACUAAAGAUUUUUCUCUUUGGGAGGCAUCAAAAUGAUUGUAGUUUGCUUUUAUCUUUUUAUGUUCAUUUUCUUUUAGUAGGUUCAUUUUCUGCAUUAAGAACUGUUUUUAUCUUUUACUACCUUUUCUUUUCUCCUUUGUGGAGAGAGCAUGACAUGUCCUGAAGGUCACCUUUGCCUUUGAAAAAGAUUUGAUGGAGGAAUUCACAGGUGACUGACAAGUCUGAAAAGAAUGGGAUCUAUUCACUUCUGGUCUUUUUGGCUGGGAACUCCUGAUUGGUGUUAAGGUGGUAAUUUUCCCCCAUAUGAUUUAGAACCACUGAAUUUGAGCUAGAUGAGAUUUUUAAAAUUUCUGGUUGUCUCAUUAGACUGAUGAGGUGAGUUUUCUUCAUAUGAACAGCUAGUUAAUAACAGUGGAGUUCUCACUCAGUGCUCAGUACUUAAUUUUCCACUGCACCACAACUGUCUUAACUAAAUGUGCUGUAUUUUUCUUUAAAAGUUAAGAGUUCUAUUUGGUGUUUUCAAGAAUAUACUUGAAAAGACAUGCCAUGUUUUGGUAAAUACCAUCAGAGUUGUGUAAAGGCGUGUACUAAUAAGUGCAACCUUAAUUCAUGGAAAUAAUCUUCAUUUACCCCUCCUAAAACUACACUCAGUAUAAACUUUCCCAUAAGGUGUGUGCAGUAAAAAUGUUAUAUUAAUUCAACACUGGCAGGAGCACAGCACAGCAGCCUUAUUGGAGACAGCCUUAUAAAAGUGAUUAAAUGGAGGCAUCGAGCUCAUUACCUUUAAAUUUACUUUGUGCUGACCUUUGUUCCUGUUUUGAGAAUCUCAUAUAAUUCUUAAGAAAAAAAAACAAUUACAACGAAACGAUGGGGCCUAGCUGUGUAUAAAUGAUCCUUGCUGAAUAUCUUAAGGUUUUUUGUAAAAAAAAAAAAAAAAAAAGAAAAACCAACAAAAAAAGCUUAUUUUCACGUUAAAAUGAAACCUCUUUUGCAACUUAAGAAUUCUAUGGAAAAGCAGUUUUUACCAUAUUUUGUGUCCAUGCACCAUUUUUCUUAAAAUGGCUUACAAAAAAGAAUGUAAACAAUUUGUGAUCUGGCCAGUUGUACUUUUAGCUCCCAGAGGGAGAGUUGGCGGUAUUAUGAGUUGAGUAAAAACCAUCCAGGGGAACUUGAGGGAGCAGUCUGUUGCCAGUAAUGUUCCUUGUGUGCCAUUAAACCACCUCCAGAUGAGUGGAGGAACAUCACUUUUUAAUUUUUUAAUUGUAUUUGGAAUUGUUGCCGUGUACUAAGAACUUGACCUGAAUAAAAAUCCCACAAAGUAUA